UGAAACUGGAUUUAUUUCUCAGUGUUUCUAAACCUGUUGCCUUUUUUAACGACGUUUGACAGAGUCGGUUCCUUAAAUAAAUAAGCUAAUAAAUAAUUUAGUCCGCUGUCAUGUCGGAGCAAACACAAACCCAAGAACAGAGUGUAAAAGAAGAGGAUGAGGAGGAGGAAAACACGGACAACAUUCAAGUACACGGACAGGACACGGAAAAUGAACCGCCAGAGGACGACAAAGAGCUGGAGAGGCAGCGAGAGGAGCCGCAGGAGGACCCGGCCACAGUGAAGGUGGUGCUGGUGCCAGAGGGUCAUGUGAUGACUGUAGCCUUUGCUAUUGGUCUCAGCAUUCAAGAGCUGAAAUGUCACCUGGCCUCAGAGCUCCGAGUUCCUGCAGAGGUGCUGCAGAUUUCUCUUGAUGGCAGGGUAGUAGAGGAGCAGCAGAGCCUUAUGGAGCUUGGGGUCCGGCCUCAUGGCUCCACCCGGAUAGAGAUGAGCUCCAUCGACCCAAACACUCACCCACUCCGUCCUGUUCGGCCUCCGGAGCAGGAUAACAUGCCAGACGUCAUCACUGUCCGAGUCCAACCAGGUGACGGAGUCUUCCAGGAGGUGGUGGUGGAGAUCGAGCGCCCCCCUCAGCAGAAAGCUUUCCUGGGUGGAUACAGACAUCGACUGACAAAUGCGGAGUAUCACCAUGCCACCACCCAGACCCUGCCCAGGAGGAGACCGGAUAAAGGUGUGAUCAUCUUUAACCGUGAAACACAGACUGUAAAGACACUUGAAAAGUCUCAAGCUACUCCGUGUUCAGCCUCCACCCAGACGUCUGGAAUUGGUUGUUACAUCUCCUGUAUGAACGACAAACUGGUCACCCCUGGAAGAUACAUGACUGCUGCUGAGUAUCAUGACAGACGGCUGAAAGCUGUGAUCUAUCUGCAGACAUGCACCCGACGCUGGUUGGCUCAGCAGAAAGUGGAGUGUAUAAAGCGGGAGCGGGAUCGGCGUCUGGCCUGGCUGGAGAUGCGUGAAAGACAGAGGUUGGAAGAGAAGAAGGAACAAAUGAGAGAUCGCCGCCAACGCUUCUGGAACCCACAGAAGAGGGAGGACUUCAACCUGAUGUACCAGGCGCUGGAGAAGUGGAGAUGUGAGGAGGAGGAGCAGAUAAAUUCCACCUUGAGAGGAGCUGAGAAGAAGGCAGCACUCUGCUUUUUGUUGGAGAAGGAGAUCACUUUCAAUGCAAUAGGACGCCAUCGCAUCGCUGUCCACAACAACAACUAUGACCAAACUGUCAGGAACAUUCUAGAUAAGUCUGCAGCUCCUCACCGAUGGCUAGCAAAAGAUGGACAAAUGGUCGAGAUGGACACUGAGCACACUAUCAGAGCCAGAGAACUGCGAGAUCUGUACAACAGCAUCAGCCUGUCACCUGUUAAAAAGGAGGAGCGGCUCCAUGUCCUGAUGACACUCAAACACACCGUCAUGGAGCAUGACUGUCAGCUGACCCGGGACCUUGUAGAGUUGAUUGACAGGGAGGUGGACCUGAUGACUCGAGGGAUUAAGGCAGCCAGUCUGGUGGGUCUGCGGAGAAGAAUCAGCACUUUGUUCCUUCAGUACAUCAAAACACCAGCAUUUAACCCUGAAAUAGCCAAGCUGCUGAAGGUUCCUCAGAAUCCCUCCGAGCUGAGGAGCGACAUGUUCCUCUGCCGUAGCUGUGGUCGCCACCUCGGCUCUGCCAACUUCAGCCGAUCUGCCAGCGCCGGCUUCAGCAACCGGUGCAGAGACUGUACCAGACUGGACAAUAUUUCACGAGGCCGCAAUGACUUUUCCUGCUACAAAAACAUCCUCAAGAAACUGAGAGACUAUGAACAGCAGCUCGACACAGACGCAAAGAUCCCCUUCCUGCUACAGGUGGAGGACAUGCAGUAUCUGGUUAAGGUCAUCUGGACAUCCCGCUCAGCUCUCAGUGCUGACAGUGAUCUCUACAACCUGGUGUUUGUCCGCUGGGAUCGUCAAAGGAACUGGAGCCCCUGGAACUGCAUCCUUCUGUCCAAAGAAGAGACAGCAGCUCACCUGGAGCUGGAGGAUGUCAGCGAGGCUUACGGGCAAACAUUUGUUCAGAGUAUCAAACACAAACACUUGGUGGCCCUUCGACACUUCAGUCAGAUCCCUGAGAUGGCCAAGUACCUGGACUCCCAAAUGACCACUACCCUGGGCAACCAGCUUGUCUCCAAGCCCAUCACCAUGGCAACAGGCAAGCAUGUCACCAAGACUAUACAAGACACGACUCAUUAAGAAACACCCUGUGGUUUUAUUACUUUUAAGCUUUUCUCCCUCCUGUAUAUGGUCUGUUUGUGCCGAGGAUAAUUCAAAUAAAAUGACUUUAAAUCA